GAGUCUCGUGAGAUUAAGGAUGCUGUUCUAGAAGGGUUAGAACCACCAAGUUGGUGGGAUGAUAUGACUGCUGAUGCCUAUAUGAGUGAAGUUCAAGAUGGUAAAGAUAUAACCCUUCGAGAGUUGGCUGAUGUUUGGUGGUUGCGUCGACGUGCUGUUCGCGAAAAGUUGUUGUCUCGUAACGCUCGUCAUGCUGGUCGUGGGUUAAAGGUUGGUUGUAAGGCAUAUCGUUGGAGGCCUAUGAUCGGUCAGUUUGGUAAACUUAAUACUGGCUGGGAACCAUGCACUAUUCUCGCUGCCCCAACGGAUAGUACAAGGAAGGUUAAACUUGAAGAUGGCAAGGAAACUAUUGAGUCUGUUCUGAAUCUACGUGCUGGUCCUAGUGACUAG